AUGGACCCCGUCGUUAUAACGCCGGACGAUGUAGCUGAGGCGGUCCGAAGGGCCCCGAACUGGAAAAGUCCGGGGCUCGACGGGCUGCAUCACUACUGGCUGAAGGGGUUCGUGGUGUGUCACGCUGUGCUCGCCCGACAAUUUCAAGAGGCUCUCGACCAAAAGUCGCUCCCGAGCCUCUUCACUACUGGGAUCACUCAUUUGGUUUCUAAAGACCGGGAUACCAUAGACCCGAGCAAAUACCGCCCCAUCACGUGUCUACCCACGAUAUAUAAGAUACUAACAUCCAUUUUGAGCGCGAGAAUCACUCUUCACCUGAACUCAAAUCAGGUGAUGUCGCGCGCUCAAAAUGGAUGUCUGGGAGGUGGUCGUGGAACCAAGGAACCACUCCUCAUUGACGCGGUCAUUGGCAAAGUGGUUAAACGCAACCGUCGGAACCUAUCCGCCGCCUGGAUAGACUACGAAAAGGCAUUCGACUCGGUGCCUCAUACAUGGCUGAAGAGGGUCCUCGAGCUGUACAAGGUUGACUGUACAGUUAGAGACUUCCUCGGGCAGUGUAUGGGGCAGUGGAGUACGAUCCUUUGUCAUCUAGGCAAGCGGAUGACGGCUGCGGAGAACCACAUAAGGAUAAGAAGGGGUAUCUUCCAGGGCGAUUGUCUGAGUCCAAUCUGGUUCUGCCUCUCUCUGAACCCUCUCAGUACCUUACUGGAGGGUUCCGGGAGGGGAUUUCAGCUUCGGAAAGGAGGUACAAAAGUGACCCACCUUUUCUAUAUGGAUGAUCUCAAAUUAUUCGCCUCCAGUCGCUCCCAUCUUAUGGAAUUGCUGAACAUCACUUGUGAUUUUAGCAGUUCCAUUAGAAUGGAGCUGGGGACGGAUAAGUGUGCGGUCCUCCAUGUCGAAAGGGGUAGGGUUGCUAACUCUGAGGGUAUAGACUUAUCUAUGCCCAUCAACAUAAAAUCCCUAUCCGAGGCUGAAACAUACCGAUACCUGGGUAUGUCACAGAACAUAGGUAUCGAUGAGGCGGACAUGAAACAGUCAGUUGGCGAUGUGUUUUAUGCACGCUUGACCAAAGUGCUCAACAGUCUUUUGUCGGGUGUGAAUAAGACACACGCAUAUAACGGUUGGGUCAUGCCUGUCCUCAUAUAUACCUUCGGCAUACUCAGGUGGUCUCAGACCGAACUGAACGCUUUGGAUAGAAAAGUCCGCACUGUUAUGACGUCUCACAGGAUGCAUCACCCGAGAUCGUCAGUAAUGAGGCUGUACUUGCCACGGAAACAUGGUGGGCGCGGCUUUUUGAGCGCUCUCACCAUGCAUAAUCGUGAAGUGUGCAGCCUCCGUAACUACUUUCUGUUUCAUUCCAUUUCAGAAAUACUCUAA